GCGCUCGUUUUGUAUAAAAAAAGGCCUUUUCCAUCGACAGGAAAAGAAGGCAUCUUUCCUUUUCCAUCAACAGGAAGGAAGCCUUUUCCGCUCAUGGCUUCCGCCGGUGCCGUGACCGGCCGCAGCGAGGAGGAGGUGCGACUGCUCUACCUGGAGUGGAGGGCGAAGCAUCGCCCCAUCGUCCAGGACGCCCUCGAUCUGGACGCCGACCGCUUCGAGGUCUUCAAGGACAACCUCAGGCGCGUGGACGAGCACAACGCGGCGGCCGACCGCGGGGAGCACUCCUUUCGGCUCGCGAUCAACCAGUUCGCCGACCUCACCAACGAGGAGUUCCGAGCCAGGUAUCUCGGCAACUUCUCCCGGCGGAAGCGGCCAGUUGCCCGGUCUGUUCAGGAUCAACAGUCAACACGGAGGAGAUGUUUCUGCUUAUGCUGAAGUUGUGUCUUUCAAAGAGGCCGGAGGGAGCGAAGAAAUGGAGCAACUAAAACUUUAACUUGCAACUGUUUUUCCGGUACCAUGUCUUUAUGUGUAAGAUCUUUCAAUUUACUUGUGAGUUGUUAUAUCCUUUAUCUGCUAAAAUAUUAAACAUGAUUGAUGGUA